AUGGAAGAUUCGAUUUCUCAAACUCCCAUGGGGGGUGAUUCGGAUAGAGAUCUUGCCCUGCAACAUGAACGCUUAAUCAUGGAUAAGUUAGCUCUUGUGCGAGAUAUGUUGGGUAAGGUGAUCUCCCGCGCUAAGAUCUAUGGCGAUGCUACCCAGCGAAGACGCUACGCAGAUUAUUCGCCCGAGGACGUCUACCGCGCGGUAAGGAUGCUUGUGGACGAAAAGAGGUCCGCUUGCCUGCAAGAGAUGCUCGAGGAGUUUCUCAAAGACUACAUGGCAUGUCUUACAGAGCAGCUGAGCAGAUUCGCGCACGAGUGUGGGCUGUCGAACCCUUCAUCGUGUUCCACGGACCCCGCUGUCGACGUUUUUGACGACAUUCACGAGGGGCCUUCCGUUGCUUCGCUGCUGGCUGGGGGUGGGAUUCCGGUGCGGUGUUUUCAUACCGUGAUGGAAAUCUGGGAGAGCUUUUCCUUCGCGAUGGGGGAGCUUCAGGUGGUUUGGAGCCCUUUUGCGUGCCGUUAUGUGAUGACGGCGACCGUUUUUAAGGGGAUUCUCGGCGCGACGGUGUCUUUUCUGAUGGACGCGUUUAACGAGGUGCCGAUGGUGUUCGAGGCCGCGUUGGAGGGCUUCCUGCGUUUGAUGCGGGCUCACGUCGAGGUCGACAGCGCUCCCCCUCUCAUCCUUUCCCCCGAAACGAAGCCGGAGGAAGGGAAGAGGGCGAAAACGGAGGAGGAGGAGGCUACUAGGGCGCGAAAGGAGGACCCUUCUUCCCAGGCGUAUCAUCCCCCUCUUUCCUGUCUUCACCGCUUUACCGAGAUGCUCUUCAUAACGCAGCGCUACGUGCAGCGGCUGCAGCCGAUGGUGGUCGCGAUGCUCGCGGGAUUUUACCGCGCGGCGGCGGCAUGGAUGCUCUCGGCGGGGCUCCCCAGUCGCGCGUAUUUCGAUUACGUCAAACGCGCGAUGCUGCGGGAAAAGCAGCGGGCGAGUGCGUAUCUUCACCCGCAAACGGCCGUUCUCCUGCAGGAGGUGGUGGAGCGGGAGUUGCUAGGGGAGGUUGGGAUGGAGCUCCUCCGACGCGAUUUUGCCUCUUUGCUCUCCGGUGAUGCGCAAAAGGAUGAGGAGGAGGGCCUGGCGACGCUCGCGCUCGUCUGGCGGCUUCUCUCGCGCAGCACGCAGGUGAGUAAGGAUCCGCUGGUGGGGAUGUUUCGCGCGCACAUCGAGGCGACGACGACGGGUUUCGUUGUGGAAAUCGUGCGGUUGCAACGGGUGGAAGGGGCCGGGGGGGCGGAGGCCUGCCGUCGGGCUGUGCAUCACCUCCUCCAUUUCAUCGCACGCGCUCGGCGGGCGGUGGUGCGGUGCUUCCCGCAGGAUCAGAAGCUCUUUCGGAUUCAGAUCGAUGAAGGAUUGCAGGUGGUGUUGAAUAAAUAUCAGCGCCCGGUGGCGGAGCAGCUCGCCGCGUUCGUCGAUCACGUCUUCGCGAGGGUGGAAAGUGGGGAGCUGCCGUUGGAGGAGCGGCGCGUGGCCUCUGAGGUGGGGAGCCCUGUGGAAAUUCCUUCGGCAAAGAGAAGCAUCGAUUUUCUCGCGCGAGAGGAGGCGGGCGGGGAGGCCUUGCCGGUGCUCGCGAGCGGGCGGGCGUUUCUCGAGCAGGUCUCCUUCACCUGCGUGCAUUUCUCCUCUAACGACAUCUUCGGCCACCUCCACUGGCAGGACCUCGCGCGUCGCCUGCUGAACCCGAAUCGGGCCGUCAACCUCUCCGCCGAGCGGUGCUUUCUUCGGCUUUUCGAGGGCAUCUACGGCUCCUCCUUCAUCUAUAAAUUCGAGGGCAUGUUGAAGGAUAAAGAGAGCUCCGCGGAUCACACGCAGCAGUACGAGGCGUGGGCGCACUCCAAGGGCGCCAUGUUGCAGGCUCGAUCGGCCAACCUCGAGCAACCCUCGCCGCAGGAGCCGCAAGGCGGGGUUCACUCCCCUCUGGUGGUUUCCCCGGUGGACUUCGACGGCCUCCCGAACCUCGCCGGGAUGAAGCUGAAUCUUUUUUUCAUGGCCUCGGGCUUCUGGCCGAAGCGGCAGGACGCGAUGAACCUGCAACUCCCCCCUCCACUGCAGCGAUUAACGGGCAACGUCGAGCUUUUUUACCAGAUCCUGUACCCCAAUCGCUACCUUACGUGGCAACAUCACCUCUCGCACGGCGUUCUGCGCGCGCAGCUCACCCCGGGAGGGGUCGUUUGCGAGCUUUCCGGAACGCUUAUCCAGUGCAUCGUGUUGAUGCACCUGGACGAGCUCAGCAGGGCGGAUUCUGCCGCGCGUUUCUUCUCCGUGAAGGAGCUUUGCCAGAAGCUGGGGCUAGAUCUUGAUAUUCCCGAGGUCGCAGGUUCGUUGAUGGGGUUAUGCCAGGAAGAAUUCCCGAUUUUAAUUCGCACAAAUGCGGCGGCGGCGGCGGCUUUCGUGAGCAGCAGCAGCCUUGGCGGGGGUGUGGGUGGUGGUGAGGGGGGUGGUCUGAGCGUGCUCUCUCCGCAGCAUUAUUUACAACUCAAUACCGCCUUCAGCUUCACCACGCCACACGCCCGGCUUCCGUUUCCGCUCGGCGCCACGAAGGUCGAGGCGGAUCUCGGCGCUGAGGACGCCUCCGCCGUCGUUUCGGAGGAGCAGCUCUGGCAGCAGCACGGCCAUCUGCUGCAGGUUUCGAUUAUUCAGUACGUGAAGCCCAAAGGCACCGCCAAACACGACGAGCUGCUCGCGUAUAUGUCAUCGCAGAAGUAUAACUUCGAGUUCAGCGACGGGCUUGCCAAGCGGGCGAUCGAGAAGUUGCUCGAUCGGGGCUUUAUCGAGCGCAGUGGACGAGAUCAGUACAAGUAUGUUGCUUAG